AUGGCGGGGGGUGAUUUGAUGAGCAUAAAGCAGCGUCUCAAGUCCUGGGAGCGCGAAUUCGAGGCCAAGCAUGGGCGCCGCCCGAGCGACGCUGAUGUGCGCGCGCAUCCCGCAAUUGAAUCCGUAUAUCGGUCCUAUUCCAACGCAAAGCGUCGCGCAAGCCGACCCACUCAAGAUGUCCCAGCAGCCCCCGCACCCACGACCGAGACCACCACGGACAGCUUCGAUGCUACCAUGGGCAAGGUUUUGCGAGAAAUGGCUGUUUUGCAGCGCCAGACUCUCUUCCAAGCCAAGGCACCGCUUGCACCUGCAUCAACCGCGGCACAACAACAACCGAGCUCCACUUGUGCCGUCACCAGCUCCAAAUCGCGUCAAGACAGCGAUGAUGAAGGCGCUUCAGGCGCCUUUGACGCCGCGCGAUGUCUGGCAGCUUUCGACAGUGGCUUCUCCUUGGCCUCGCGCAAGAUCCGCCAGCGUCCACGGCCUCGCACUUUGAGCGAGGCUCCCUUUAUGCGUGCUCACAGUCCUACCCACACUAGCGGGGGCGGCUUUGCUACUCUUCAACUCUCACCCAUGCGCACACCGCCCAAAGCGCAUCGCCAUCAAAGCACCUCUGAGGCUGUGCACCGAGGGGAGUACCCACGCAUAGUAUCCAGCUCAGAAAGCCAUGGUCCCAAGAGCAUAACAGAAGCAAACUCUGUUGUGCCGACAUCAAAACUCGGUUCCACGUCAACCGCGCAUGCUAUGGCCGACUUUGAAGCCCCGGCUUCAAACGAGUUUGCCGAAACUGCGGGGACGGGCGCGGCCACAAAACAACCACACCGCCGUCUCAAACUGGAUCCAUUCUCGCUGGGACUGCAAAACAUUGAACAAACAGACGUUUCCUCGACGGGUCCCGGCCGUACCAACUUUCGAAGGCUCAACACAAAAAAAGGCGGGGGUGGCUUCCGUCGGGGCGCAAGGGCCAAGUUCACUCGCAAGUACAAACAAACACACCACCGCAACCAUGUUGGCCGUGAUGCAUGUCGCAUGUGCGGGGAGGAGGGUCAUUGGGCCACCGACUGUCCACUGCGAGGAACAUCCAACAUGCAUUCCAAGUUUGAUUUCGACAACCCCAUCGAAAACGAUAGCCACUCCAUUGGCGUUGAAUUACGUGGCCCGGUGGUGCCAGAAUACCGUCUGCAACGCCUUGCGUCCGCUGAGACAAACGAGGCAACCUUUCCGACGGCGAGUGCAACUCCGAGCGCCCCCCUGCACGACUCGGGCGGAGCUGACUCUCCUACUCCGGCCCCGUCAAGCGGUUUGAGUGCAAACCACACACGCCCAAUAUCACCACCAUACGAAAGCCAACACGCGCACCCCACGAAACUGACCAAGUCUCGAAAUCAAAAGCCAAACCUCCAGCAGCCAAGCGGCUGCCAAAAGGACACAAGUCAUCUGCGCGCGCAAGCCGUGGGCGAGGAGGUGCUCGUGCGCGAGGCUCUGGUCGCACUUCAGGACGUGCCGCUCGAGCCAAAUCCGCUGCCGUACAUGCACCCCUCUACACACUCGAGUUUGAUCGACAACUUGACAACCGUGAUCCGCUGCCAGACCAGUACUGGCCCGUUCCCAGUUCAACAGGCCUGCACACGCUUCUUAAAACUGUACGUCUCCGCCCAACGCAUACGUGCAAAGCACUUUGGAUAUGAUGAGUUUCGACAUGGUCAAGAGGCUGCCAUUGCCCGAGUGCUGCGCCAACAGUCAACGCUGCUGAUUCUGGCGACCGGCACUGGCAAAUCUUUGUGCUAUCAGUUGCCCCUUUUGUACCUGACAGAUCAGUUUCGGUGCAUGGGGCUGGUCAUCACACCGUUGCUGUCGCUAAUUCAGGAUCAGAUUGCCCAGCUGCCCAAGGGCUUGCGUGGGGCUGCACUGAACAGCACCUUGACACCAGAACAAGUCUCAGCUACCAAAGUCGCCGUUUUGGAGGGUCGUAUUGAUGUCUUGUUCAUUGCCCCAGAGACGCUCAUUACCUCCUGGCUACAGCAGCUGUUGCUGCACCGUGAUGCGCCCCGCAUUGCUUUUGCUACCGUGGAUGAGGCACAUUGCGUGUCCGAAUGGUCACACAACUUUCGCCCUGCCUAUCUUCGAAUUGCCGGCGUGCUUCAAAACGUCUUUGGUGUUCACAACAUCCUUGCUCUUACAGCGACAGCCACGCUAGUAACACAGCGCUCGAUCCAAACACACCUGGGCAUCGAAGACUCUGGAAUAAUCCGGCUAUUCAGUGUGCCAAGCAACUUACAAUUGGCUGCAAGUACCCCAAUGGAUCGCAAGCAGCGUUUGGUGUAUCUACUCAAGGUGCAUCAUCUGUAUUCCGAAGGCGCAACCAUUGUAUACUGCUCAAAGCAGAAGGAGACGGAAGCCCUGGCACGAACGCUUCGAGCUGAAGGCAUCGCAGCCCAGGCAUACCACGCAGGGUUGCCUGCCACUACGCGCCAGCGAGUUCAACGCGCCUUUGCGACAAGCAAAAUUCGGGUGAUUAUUGCUACCAUUGCCUUUGGCAUGGGCCUUAACAUUCACAACGUUCGAGUUGUGAUUCAUUAUAGCUUGCCUCAUGCCCCUGAAGCGUACGCUCAAGAAGUGGGCCGCGCCGGCCGCGAUGGUCUGCCAGCCUACUGCCAUGUCUUCGCGCACCCUGAGGACCUGGAAACCCACCGCUGUCAUGCUUACGGCGAUUCAGUUGAUUUGGUGGGUAUUAAGCGCUUGAUGGAAUAUGUGGCAGGUCCUGCGGCCAUCUCCACAACGACGGUAUCUCGUAUCCGAGCCCAGAUGCGCCAAACAGGAGCAACUGGACAAGCCCUAGCCACACAAGCAGCCAAACAACGCAUCUUUCAUGGCGUGCUGGACCUGGACGAGAUUUCUGUUCUCCUGGAUCUGAAGGAGACGGUAUUGACCACCAUGUUGUCCAACUUGGAGUUGCUCUCAUCCGGGAACAUUCAGCUGGGCAGUCGGUGUGCGGCUAGUAUCACAUUUCAUGUCCGAGACGAGGCUUUUGCCACAACCGACCCGUUACUACGUGCCGUCAGUGCCGCAGCCCGGCCUCAAGCGGGCGGCCGUAAAGGUCAUGAAGUGUUGGAUGCUCAUGGACUAAUGGAGGUGGCAGCGGCGACGGGUCUCAAGCCCUCUGAAAUUGUGAUCAAUUUACAUGGCAUGCGUGCAGCGGGCAAGAUCUUUUGCGAGGAAGGCAACACAGGCGUGGCUUUUUCUCUACGUGAACCCUUGUCCACGGAUCAGGUGGAUGCAUGGGUGGCAGCGCUUGCCGACAAGGCGUCGGCGUUUGAGCGCUCCCUGUUACAAAAGUCAGAGGAAAUGCAUGCCAUUGUUGAGAGUGCAGCGGCUAUGGAAGGCACAGAAACAGCAACGGCUUCUUCGCUGGCCAAUCAAUUGAUUCGUCAGCGCCUCGAGAAGUACUUUGAGGCUACAGAACCUAGCCUACAGAGCUCGCUAGGUGGCAAGCGCAUUCAAGACGAAGCACCCUUGCGGCGCGCCAUCCAUGCUUUCCUAGAGCGUCGCAGCCCUGAUGAGCGGAGACUGACACCGCGAGUCGUGGCUCGUAUUGCCUAUGGUAUUGGAAGCCCUGCUUUCCCGUCGGAGGAUUGGUGGAACUCUAGUCUGUGGGCCAAGUUUCGUCCCAUAGCAUUCGAGCAACUCAUGAGCAUUGCACAACAAGUCCUCAUCGAUCUUGCUUAAGAGAUAGCAGCUCAACUAGGGCUUGAGUCAGGGGUCAACUGACUCUUGUUUGUUCAUACAAGUGAUUGCACCGCACCCUUUGUUCUGACAGCUGAGCUGCACAUCCAAUUGAUGGUGAAUCCC